ACCAGAGGGAGGUCGCGCUCAGCCGCCCCGGGGGUGACGACAGGUCCCGGCCAGGCGGGCCGAAGUCGCCAAGCCCCCGGAGCGCGUGUGAGCAAACGCAGCGACGCCCGGCCCGGCUGAGACGCGCCUUAUGGCGCAAGCGCCGAGCCCCCAGGCCCCCCCGCGCCGCGCAUGCGUCAACGCAGCCACACGCUCUGCGUAGAGGCCCUCACUUUGUCGUCACAGGGCAGAUGAUCCGGGUGCGUCCCCCUUUUCCCUCCCCCGUCCAUCGUCCUCCCCUUCCCCCUCCCCUUGUCCCUCAGUCUUUUCCGUCCUUCCUCUCUCCCUCCCUCUGGCGUCUUCAGCCGUCCCUCGCUUCCGGUCAGCGGCCGUCUGCGGAAGAGUGUCCCGCCUCUUCCGCCAGACAGCGGCGGCGGCGGCGGCGGCGCCUGCGCGUCUCCUGUCAGGGUCAGCAGGCGGGCCCCCUGGACGGUCCACCUGCGCGUCGCGGAGCCGCGCCCCGGGGGUCGAUGGCGAUGAACUAUAACGCGAAGGAUGAAGUGGACGGUGGGCCCCCGUGUGCUCCCGGGGGCACCACGAAGACCCGAAGACCGGAUAACACGGCCUUCAAACAGCAACGGCUGCCGGCUUGGCAGCCCAUCCUGACGGCCGGCACCGUCCUGCCCACCUUCUUCAUCAUCGGCCUCAUCUUCAUCCCCAUUGGCAUCGGCAUCUUCGUCACCUCCAACAACAUCCGCGAGAUCGAGAUUGAUUAUACCGGAACAGAGCCUUCUAGUCCCUGCAAUAAAUGUCUGUCUCCGGAAGUGACACCUUGCUAUUGUACGAUUAACUUCACACUGGACAAGUCAUUUGAGGGCAACGUGUUUAUGUACUAUGGACUGUCUAAUUUCUACCAAAAUCAUCGUCGUUAUGUGAAAUCACGAGAUGAUAGUCAACUAAAUGGAGACCCUUCUGCUUUGCUUAAUCCCAGUAAGGAAUGUGAGCCUUAUCGAAGAAAUGAUAAUUUACCAAUUGCUCCUUGUGGAGCUAUUGCCAACAGCAUGUUUAAUGAUACGUUAGAAUUGUUUCUGGUUGCCAAUGAAUCUGAUCCUACACCUGAACCUAUUAUUUUGAAAAAGAAAGGUAUCGCUUGGUGGACAGAUAAAAAUGUGAAAUUCAGAAAUCCCCCUGGAGGAGAAAGCCUGCAAGAACGAUUUAAAGAUACUACAAAGCCAAUAAACUGGCGUGACCCAGUAUACGAGCUGGAUCCUUCUGACAUUGAUAAUAAUGGAUUCGUAAACGAGGAUUUUAUUGUUUGGAUGCGUACUGCAGCCUUGCCUACUUUUCGUAAGUUGUAUCGUCUUAUAGAGCGGAAAAGUGAUUUGCAUCCAACAUUACCAGCUGGACGAUACUAUUUGAAUAUCACUUACAAUUAUCCUGUACAUUCUUUUGAUGGACGAAAGCGGAUGAUCUUAAGCACUAUUUCAUGGAUGGGAGGAAAAAAUCCAUUUCUGGGGAUUGCUUACAUCGCUAUUGGAUCCAUCUCCUUCCUUCUUGGAGUUGUGCUAUUAGUAAUUAAUCAUAAAUAUAGAAAUAAUAGUAAUACUGCUGACAUUACCAUUUAAUUUUAUAUUCUGAAAACAAAUCUACUGCAUGUGCGUCAAGGCCAGUCCUGUUCAACCUAGCUUUUGGAUGCUGACGUCUGGUUGGUACGUCAUUUUGAACUUGACACGUAACCUGGUUUUCUUUUUUUAAUUGUAAAGAGUCUUUGUCAUUUGAUUCUUUCCUACAGAUUACUUAUGAAAAUAUAUGACGGGUAUGAAAAAUUAGCUAUAUGGAUCAUAUCAACACUGUAACUGCUGAAAUGUAUUCUGGUGUUUGCCUUUCUGGGGACAGGCCACAUGAUGCAUAGAGCCUCUUUCAUGUGAAAUGUGUCUACUGCUUAAAUGUUUAUGCUGUGUUGACAAUAUUCUAUUGACAUAUGAUGCUAUAUAUGUGUGCCUAUUGUGUGAAGAAAGGGAUUACAAAAUGUAUGAAUAUAAUGACUCGUUACCCUUUCAGGAUACAGAGUUACAAAAAGAUGAAGAAAGACCAAAUCUAAAUAAAACACUUCAUCAUU